GGUUUUUGCGGGACGAGACAACCUACCAGUUGUUGCGGCUGUUUCAAGAGAGAGAGAGAGAGACUGUAUUCACUCAACACUUUUAAGUUUUAACCUCCCUUUGUGUUUUUGAUAUUUGAUUUAAUUUAAUUAGUGAGCUGAGUUAAGUUGUUGGUUUGCCAUUGCCAAUGCCUGCUGCUUAGAGAGAGAAACACAGAGAGAUAGAGAGAGAGAGAGAUAUGGCGACUCCAGUGAAGAAGAUGGGAUCUCAUCUUCGCUGAUUCUUGUUCUUGUGCAAUCUUACUCUUUAGUAUUACUUUAAACAUCCUAUCAGCAUAACGGUUCGGUUCUUUAGAUAGUUGCCUCUUUUGGGCUGCUUUUAAGAGAGAUCGAUGGGUUCCAGAUUCCCAUCUCAUCAGCUCAGCAAUGGCUUAUAUGUAUCGGGCCGGCCUGAGCAGCCGAAAGAAAGGACUCCAACGAUGAGCUCAGUUGCCAUGCCUUAUACUGGUGGUGACAUCAAGAAGUCCGGAGAAUUGGGGAAAAUGUUUGAUAUCCCCAUGGAUGGUUCUAAAUCUCGAAAAUCCGGUCCGCUAAAUAGUGCUCCUUCAAGAACUGGAUCAUUUGGAGGUGCCGCUUCACAUUCUGGACCUAUCAUGCAAAAUGCAGCAGCUCGUUCUGCUUAUGUUACAUCAGGCAACUUAUCUGCUGGAGGCAUGUCUGCUUCAGCAUCAAUGAAGAAGACCAAUUCUGGUCCACUGAACAAACAUGGGGAACCGGUUAAGAAGUCAUCUGGCCCUCAAUCUGGUGGAGUUACACGCCAAAACUCUGGUCCAAUUCCACCUGUUCUUCCUACAACUGGUCUAAUUACAUCUGGUCCACUGAAUUCAUCUGGGGCUCCAAGGAAGGUGUCUGGUCCAUUAGAGUCUACAGGAUCUAUGAAGUCACAUACUUCCUCUAUAGCUCACAAUCCAGCUGUGACCACUCUCAGCCUUGAUGAUGAGUAUUCUUUCAGGAGGAACUUCCCCAAGCCGAUAUUGUGGUCUGUGAUUCUGAUUUUUGUCAUGGGAUUCAUAGCCGGAGGUUUCAUUCUUGGAGCUGUUCACAAUGCCAUUCUCCUCAUUGUUGUAGUUGUUCUUUUUGCUGCUGUCGCUGCAUUGUUUACUUGGAACAGUUGUUGCGGGAGGAAAGCCAUUGUUGGUUUCAUUUCUCGCUAUCCAGAUGCAGAGCUUAGAACUGCCAAGAAUGGGCAAUUUGUGAAGGUCUCCGGGGUGGUUACUUGCGGUAAUGUGCCACUGGAGUCUUCUUUCCAAAAAGUUCCCAGAUGUGUAUAUACAUCUACAAGUUUAUAUGAAUAUCGAGGAUGGGAUUCAAAAGCGGCUAAUCCAAAACAUCGCCGUUUUACAUGGGGACUCAGAUCGGCAGAGAGGCAUGUGGUGGACUUUUACAUAUCUGAUUUCCAAUCUGGAUUGAGAGCUUUGGUUAAAACAGGCUAUGGUGCUAGGGUGACGCCUUAUGUCGAUGAUUCUAUUGUAAUUGAUGUCAAUCCAGCCAAUAAAGACAUGUCCCCUGAGUUUCUUCGAUGGUUAGGGGAGAGAAAGCUUUCUAGUGAUGAUCGUAUAAUGCAGUUAAAAGAAGGGUACAUCAAAGAAGGUAGCACAGUUAGUGUAAUGGGCGUAGUUCAAAGAAACGACAAUGUGCUUAUGAUUGUGCCACCGCCUGAGCCUUUGACGACCGGGUGCCAAUGGGCGAAAUGUAUAUUUCCGGCAAGCCUUGAGGGUAUUGUUUUGAGAUGUGAAGAUACCUCCAAGAUUGAUGUUAUUCCAGUGUAGUUAUGUCUAUCUUAUCCUCUCCAGUAACCUUAUAGGUAUUCUUCUCUAAAGAAAACAUUUCUUCCCAUGUCAGGAAAUUGAAGGUGGUGGUGGUGAUUGAUGUUGUUUGUAUUUUUGUAAGCAGUGUUGUUGGUUAAGUGUGAUGAUCUUUUACCCCUUUUGAUCCACCCGCAAAACUUUUCUUUAGUUUGCUGUAUAGCUAAUGGAAAAUUCUUAUUCGUUUAUUUUUCCUUAAGGGAUUCUAUACCCUUUUAAUGGAUGUUGCUUUAUAUAGUGAGAGGUUGUAUUCAGAUGGACUUUGCUGUCUUAAACAUUGAAGGCUCUAUUUGUCAAGUAGGUAGGUGAUGAACUGAAUGAUGAAAGAAUGAGUAUAACCAACCGGCUUUAUUUUCCGCCACC